UGUUCCAGGAACUUAUUUCCAUGAACAUUGCUCCUAGAUUGAAGUUGGGAGACGUUUUUUAAUGUAUAUAGACCUGAAUGCAAAGGUAGGAUCAGGAGAAGUGUAGAAACGUCUACAGGAGUUGGGGCAAGAGAUAGUUGAGGUGGAAGUGUCCCACAAUUAAUUGACGUGGAAGUGUCCCACAAUUAAUUGCCAUGUGAAGAAUCCUACGUUUCUCGGUUAUAACGUUGCAGUAUGUAACAAUAAUUGCAUAAUUCUGUCUUGACUAUCAUAAUUCUAACACAACGGCUCGUUCUAGCCAUAACGUCGCUAAUUCUGUCACAAUGGUGCAUCCUAGCCCUCGCCUAGUCUUCAAAGUCCUUAUUUGGAGUUCGCUUCUACCACCAGAUGUGCACUAGAGGCCAAUCGACUAAACUCUACAGCCAAGGCAGCAUCAUAAUUCCUGCCAUAACCCUCUGGCACUUCAACUGUCUUCCUCCCUGGCAUUUUCUCACUAGUAGUGCCCGUAGUGGUACGAAAUUAGCGAGGCCUCGCGAGCCACCGCGAAAAGCCCCCCUGCACCACCACCACUACGACCAUAUCCCUGCCGACAGCUGCAGCGCUGAUCUUCCAGUAGCUGUCCUGCUGUGGGGGACUGCCAACACCAGCCCUCCUCAACAAACACCAAUCGGGCCCCAAUUAGGUCCCAAACGGGCCCAAAACUGCUACGCCUCGCACAAUGGCCCCGGCUGCCCCAUCUGCACCCCAACUCCUCUUUCUCGCUACUUGCAAACCGUUGCGCGAUCUCGCUCGCCAAUUGCAUCUGUCGCUACCGCUAGCACGAGCCACGCCGGGGGACUAGUGGCGGCACUACUACAAUCAUCUGUCCAAUAAUGGGCUACUUGCCCUAACAAAGUAUGCUCAGAUACAAGCCCUCUAUCCGCUAGCGAAGUUUCGAGGCGUUAGCGCCCACUAAAUGCC